AUGGAUGCAGAUGUUGCAAGUAAUGAGCAAGUAGUCGAUUCAGACAAGAGAAAAGCUAAAGAUGAAAGCACUAAAACAGUACCAUUAUACAAGCUUUUCUCAUUUGCUGAUCCUUUGGAUCAUUUAUUGAUGUUUGUUGGGACUGUUGGUGCUAUUGGGAAUGGAAUCUCUAUGCCUUUAAUGACUUUGAUAUUCGGAAAUAUGAUCAAUGCAUUUGGAGGAUCAACAAGUACUAAGGAAGUUGUUGAUGAAGUUUCCAAGGUGUCCUUGAAAUUCGUAUACUUGGGAGCGGGGACUUUUGUCGCGUCUUUCUUGCAAUUGACUUGCUGGAUGAUCACUGGUGAGAGACAGGCUGCAAGGAUUAGAGGUUUAUACCUCCAAACUAUUUUGAGGCAAGAUGUUAGUUUCUUUGACAAGGAAACUAAUACCGGAGAGGUUGUUGGAAGAAUGUCGGGCGAUACUGUUCUUAUUCAAGAUGCCAUGGGGGAGAAGGUGGGGCAGUUUCUACAGCUGAUGGCUACAUUCUUUGGAGGUUUUGUGAUAGCAUUCAUCAAAGGGUGGCUUUUAACUGUUGUGAUGUUGUCUUGUAUUCCACUUCUUGUUUUGUCUGGUGCUAUUAUGAGCAUGGCUAUUGCAAAAGCAUCAUCAUCUGGACAAGAAGCUUAUUCUAAAGCAGCAAGUGUAGUAGAACAGACAAUAGGUUCUAUUAGAACUGUUGCGUCGUUCACUGGAGAGAAACACGCCAUAGCUAAAUAUGAUCAGUCUUUAAUCGAUGCUUACAGAACGGCAGUAAAAGAGGCACUGGCUUCUGGUUUGGGAUUCGGUUCACUCUACUUAGUUGUUAUUGCGAGUUAUGGUUUGGCGGUAUGGUUUGGAGGGAAAAUGGUAAUAGAGAAAGGUUAUACAGGAGGGGAAGUUGUGACUAUAAUUUUUGCUGAAUUGACCGGAUCCAUGUCUCUGGGGCAGGCAUCUCCAAGCUUGAGUGCUUUUGCUGCAGGACAAGCUGCAGCAUUUAAGAUGUUUGAGACGAUUAAAAGGAAGCCGGAGAUAGAUGCUUAUGACUCAACCGGGAGAAAGCUUGAUGACAUUCGCGGAGACAUAGAGCUUAGGGAGGUUUGCUUUAGUUAUCCUACAAGACCGGAUGAACUGAUAUUCGAUAGAUUUUCUCUUACAAUACCAAGUGGGACUACGGUAGCUUUGGUAGGGCAAAGUGGAAGUGGAAAAUCCACAGUUGUCAGUUUGGUAGAGAGAUUUUACGAUCCACAGGCUGGCGAAGUUCUCAUUGAUGGUAUCAACCUCAAAGAAUUUCAACUGAAAUGGAUCAGACAGAAAAUAGGCCUAGUCAGCCAGGAACCGGUUCUCUUUACUUGUAGUAUUAAAGAGAAUAUCGCAUAUGGAAAGGAUGGUGCCACCGAUGAAGAAAUCAGAGCUGCAGCAGAACUUGCUAAUGCUGCCAAAUUUAUAGAUAAACUUCCUCAGGGACUAGACACAAUGGUUGGUGAGCAUGGAACUCAGCUCUCGGGAGGUCAAAAGCAAAGAGUUGCAAUUGCAAGAGCGAUUUUGAAAGAUCCAAGAAUAUUACUUCUCGAUGAAGCAACAAGUGCCCUUGAUGCCGAAUCUGAGAGAAUUGUACAAGAGGCCUUGGACAGAAUAAUGGUAAACCGAACGACUGUUAUUGUAGCUCAUCGCUUAAGUACCAUAAAGAAUGCUGAUACCAUUGCUGUUAUUCAUCAAGGAAAAAUAAUUGAAAGAGGUUCACAUGCUCAGCUCACAAGGGAUCCUGAUGGAGCCUAUAGUCAGCUCAUUAGGCUGCAAGAAAUGAAGGGAUCAGAACAGAAUGUUGAAAAUGACACAAGCAAGUCAAACAGCAUAGUGCUAUCUGAAAAACGACCGAGUCAAAGAUCUUUAUUGUCAAGAUCUAUAAGCCAACUGUCAUCUGGAGGUAGUAACAGCGGUCGUCACUCAUUCUCGGCGUCAUUUGGUGUGCCCACCGCAAUAGUUGGCUUCUCAGAAACUGCAGAAGGUGGACCUCAAGAUCCUCUUUCGACGGAUUCUUCACCACCGGAAGUGCCACUCUAUCGCCUGGCCUAUUUAAACAAACCUGAGAUUCCUGUCUUACUUAUGGGGACUAUAGCUGCAGUUCUGCAUGGUGCAAUAUUACCAACUUUCGGCCUCUUACUUUCCAAAAUGAUAAGUAUUUUCUAUGAGCCACAUGACGAACUUCGACACGAUUCAAAAGUUUGGGCAUUAGUAUUUGUUGGGCUCGGUGUUGCGUCGUUAUUCAUUUUCCCAUGUAGAUUCUACUUUUUUGGCAUUGCUGGAGGUAAGUUGAUCAAAAGGCUCAGGAAAAUGUGUUUUGAGAAGGUUGUUCACAUGGAAGUAAGUUGGUUUGAUAAAUCUGAGCAUUCAAGUGGAGCAAUUGGAGCAAGGCUUUCUACUGAUGCAGCUUCCAUUCGAGCUUUGGUUGGAGAUGCACUCGGUUUACUGGUUGAAAAUAUUGCUACAGCUGUAGCUGGCUUGGUAAUUGCCUUUGUAGCUAGCUGGCAGCUUGCUCUUAUAAUCCUUGCUUUGGUGCCUUUACUAGGACUAAAUGGAUUUUUGCAAGUGAAGUUCUUGAAAGGGUUCAGCACAGAUGCAAAGAAAUUGUAUGAGGAAGCAAGUCAAGUGGCUAAUGAUGCAGUAGGGAGUAUAAGAACAGUUGCUUCUUUCUGUUCUGAAGAGAAGGUGAUGGAAUUGUAUAAGCAAAAAUGCGAAGGACCGAUUAAGACAGGCAUAAGGCGAGGGAUAGUAAGCGGAUUUGGUUUCGGAGUAUCAUUCCUCGUGUUGUAUGCAGUUUAUGCAUGCAGUUUUUAUGCUGGAGGGCGUCUCGUUGAGGAUGGAAAAUCUUCAUUCUCAGAUGUUUUCCGUGUCUUUUUUGCUUUAAGCAUGGCAGCUGUAGGACUUUCUCAAUCCGGAUCGUUGGUACCUGAUUCAACUAAGGCAAAAAGUGCAGCUGCUUCUAUAUUUGCUAUUCUUGAUAGGAAAUCACUCAUAGAUCCAAGUGAUGAAUCAGGAACAACAUUGGAAGAACUCAAGGGAGAAAUUGAAUUUAAGCAUGUCAGUUUCAAGUAUCCUACUAGACCCGAUAUUCAAAUAUUCACAGAUCUUUGCUUGAACAUUCAUAGCGGCAAGACAGUUGCGCUCGUUGGAGAAAGUGGAAGCGGAAAAUCAACAGUGAUUUCAUUAAUACAAAGAUUUUAUGAUCCAGAUUCCGGUCACAUUACACUUGAUGGAAAAGAAAUCCAAAAUCUGCAAGUGAAAUGGCUAAGACAACAAAUGGGACUAGUAAGCCAAGAGCCUGUUCUGUUUAAUGACACUAUCAGAGCCAAUAUUGCAUAUGGAAAAGACGGAGAUGCGUCCGAGGCAGAGAUCAUAGCUGCAGCAGAAUUGGCAAAUGCUCACAAGUUCAUUAGUAGUUUGCAGAAGGGUUACGACACAGUAGUAGGCGAGAGAGGAGUUCAGUUGUCCGGGGGACAGAAGCAGCGCGUGGCAAUUGCGAGAGCUAUAGUGAAGAAUCCAAAAAUACUAUUACUAGAUGAAGCAACUAGUGCACUUGAUGCUGAGUCUGAGAAGGUGGUUCAAGAUGCACUUGACCGAGUUAUGGUGGAGCGGACAACAAUAAUAGUUGCUCAUAGGUUAUCGACUAUUAAGGGUGCAGAUAUAAUAGCAGUAGUUAAGAAUGGUGUGAUAGCAGAGAAAGGGAAACAUGAAACAUUGUUACAUAAGGGUGGCGACUAUGCUUCUUUAGUAGCAUUGCACACAAGUGCUUCUACAUCUUAA